GUCAGAGAGAGUGUGCCUGGUCGUGAAUGUCGACACGAUCGCGACACUCAUCACCGACUGUUUAAGAUCUCGCCACGUCAUACUUUGAGAUCAUAUGCGCAAACAUGGGAAACGACGGAGAUCCUUUGUGGGCCGCACGAUUAGAAUCCAUCGGCUCAUGAUCUAUCACGUGCCUCUCACAAGCAAUGCAACGUGUCAACACUCCUUCGCUCGGCGCCGGUGACGACAUCCUCUGCAUCCCGCGCGGCAUCUUGCCGCCUCUCGAGAUUGACGAGGGUUAUAUGAAGAGAAGCUCAAUUCGCUGUGAAAUUCACAUCCAAAACCCUAGAAAUCCCUCCCGAUUUGAUCAGCGGGAUGGAUCGGUUUUUCAGCCGGGCGACGCAUACCCUAAUCGAGGUCGUCUCGGAAUCCAUGGCGGGGACGAGAUGCGGGAUUGGGGACGAAGGGAAGGAGACUGAGGAGUGCCGGAAUGACGUUGUAGCGCUGCGGUUGAAGUGUGUGGCGAUCGUGCUGAUCUUGCUGGCUGGGGCGGUGGGCGUCGCAAUUCCGCUUAUCGGAAGCCAUCACCGGAUGAUCCGCGCCGAUGGGAAGCCGUUUGCGUUGGCGAAGGCGUUGGCAGCGGGGGUGAUUCUAGCGACGGGAUUCGUCCAUAUGCUACACGAUGCGGAGGAGGCGUUCGAGAAUCCUUGCGUGCCACGGGUGCCGUGGCGGGAAUUCCCCUUCGCGGGGUUUGUGGCGAUGUUGGCGGCGCUGGGGACGCUGGUGGUGGACUUCGUGGCGACACAGUGGUAUGCGAGGAAGGCCGAGGUGGAGGAGCCAGAGGAGGAGGAGGUGGAGGGGAUUAGGGUUCCGUUGGUGGCGGAGGGCGGGGAGAAGAUGCACAUCGUGGGAAUGCGGGCGCACGCGGCGGCGCACCGGCACUCGAACGGGAACGAGAUCGAAGAUGACGGCGAGAGUUCGCGCCAUGCGCGCCACGCUGUAGUUUCUCAGAUUCUAGAGCUAGGUAUUGUGUCACACUCAGUGAUCAUCGGGUUGUCGCUCGGAGUUUCACAAAGCCCAUGCACCAUCAGACCUCUAAUUGCCGCACUCUCUUUUCACCAGUUCUUCGAAGGCUUCGCACUGGGUGGUUGCAUCUCUCAGGCGAAUUUUGGAAAGAUACAUGUAAUGUUAAUGGCAUUCUUUUUUGCAAUCACAACACCAUUAGGUGUUGGCAUUGGAGCAGGCAUAGCUUCAUCCUACAAUGCCAAUAGCCCCCGGGCUUUGGUUUUGGAGGGGUUGCUAGACUCCAUUUCUGCAGGCAUUCUCAUUUACAUGGCCUUGGUUGAUCUCAUUGCUAAUGAUUUCCUCAAUAGGAGUAUGAAAUACAAUGUCCAUCUCCAGGUAACAUCUUAUGCUUGUCUCUUCCUUGGAGCUUGUUCUAUGUCAGCCCUAGCAAUUUGGGCUUAAAUGAUUAACCCUCUCCCAUGUACACCUACCAUUCUUGUAUCUCCUUUAUUUGUAUUUUUAGUUUUGUUAUUGUAUACCAAUGCUGUGUUGUAAGUUUAGUGUUGAUUUUUACAGUAUUUCAUUAUUCUCCUUACUUUUAAGUUGAAGGAAAAAGAUUUGAUUCGCA